AUGGAUCAUUACCCUGAAGUUAACGUCGAGGUCCAAGAGCACCCUUCAAGCGACUCUCGCCACGACUCUGCAUCUUCCGUCGCCAAAGCUGCAGACUUCCACUCACCUCCAUCACUUGUCCAAAGCCGACAACCAUCACACAUCAUGUCUUCGACUACAGCUCUGUCGAAUCCUGCAACACAACAACGUACAUCAUCAAAUCCUAUGACAUCAGAUGCGACCGCGCAACAACCUGAGCAGCAGACCGAACAACAAGGACGAGAUGACUUAACGCACACCGAUGAAGAGACCGCCGAGAAGCUCAAGGCUGAUUUCGCUCGCUAUGCGGACGCACCGCCUCUGUACUCAGAGGAGCAGUACAUAGACAAGACCGAGGAACAGCAGCUCAGCAUGCGGACGCAUGACUAUGCGAAGGAGCUCAGCAGGAUGAUGAGCCGUCAGCUCAUGGGCGGCCUGAGGACGCAUGACGUGGAGGAUAAAUGA